AAAAUUAUUAUAAUUUAUAUUAAUUUAAUUUCGGAUUAUUUUGUCAAAUUUUAAUUUCGGAUUAGUAUUAAAUAAAGAGUGGUGACGUUAAAUUUUAAAAUAUAAAUAGGUAUUGAUUUACUUGAUAAACUAUAAAAUUAAGUAAAUUUCUAUCAUCUUAUUAAGCGAUGGAUCAGGGUAUUACAAAUAUUUUUACAUUUAUAUUUUAUGGAUUAUUCCAUCAAACAUACAAUAUACUCAUGAAAAGUAAUGAAAGUAUUUAGAGCAUUGAAAAUAUCUUUAUAUUUUAAUAAAUCUGAUUUCAAAUCAUAUUAAAUAAUAUCCAUAAAAUUUAUGAAAAAUAAACAUAGUUAUAGUUCUUAGUAUAAAAUUGAAUAAACCAAAAACAAGAAGUAUAUAAACUAAAACGAAUCAAAGUAGAUAUGGUUUUAAUAUGGUAACUGAUUCAUAUAAAGCAAAAAAAAACUGAAAAUGAACCAAACUUGUAAUUGAAUGCUCCCAUCUCAAAUGAUGAAAAUAUUUCAUAUCAUAAAAUAAAACUAUAGCGUUUAUUUAAGAAUUUAAGAUAGAAAAACUAAAAUUCUGUAAUCCAAACAUUUAUCCUAUUAAAGGAAAGUAAAUCAGAUAUAAAAAUGAAAAAGUUAUGUAUAAAACUUAAAAUAUAUAAAUUAUAUCUAAAAUUAUAAUUUUUAUUAAAUAUUUUUUGACAACAAAAAUAAUUCCAGGCUUUCAAAGUGCAUAUCAAAAUUUAGUCUAAUAUUAUUCCAAUGCACAUUGACUUCAGGAUUAUUAUGAAUCAUUAAUGUGUAAUCCAGGUAUAUAUAUUUAUUGAUCCACCACAAAUAAAUUAAUGCGUUCAACAAAACAAAAUAAAAGUGGUUGCGAAACUGAUAAACUGCCGUGUGAUAUUGCAUUAGAGACAAGUUAAUUCAAACCUUAUAAAAACUAACUAUAUGAUCAAAUACUUUUCAUAACCAAACAAACCGAAACCCAAAGAAACAAUUGAGUGGUGAUGGAGUCAUCAACGACAACAUCGUAUUCAGUCGUGUCGGAGCUCGAAGGAACUCUACUGAAAACCCCAAAACCUUUCGCUUACUUCAUGCUCAUGGCUUUCGAGGCAUCAGGAUUAAUUCGUUACACACUUCUGCUGUUUCUAUGGCCUAUCAUAGCACUCCUUGACGUUUUGGGCUACAGAAACGGUAGCCUUAAGCUGAUGAUCUUCGUUGCAACGGCUGGUUUGCGCGAAUCGGAGAUAGAAUCAGUGGCUCGAGCCGUGCUUCCUAAAUUCUACAUGGAUGAUAUAAGCAUGGAUGCUUGGAGAGUGUUUGGUUCGUGCGAGAAGAGAGUCGUUGUCACAAGAAUGCCACGAGUUAUGGUGGAGAGAUUCGCUAAAGACCAUCUUAGAGCCGAUGAGGUCAUCGGUACAGAGAUAAUCAUCAACCGUUUCGGUUAUGCCACCGGUUUUAUUCAGGAAUCUGAUGUCGAUAGAUCCAUUUUCAACAGUGUGGCUAACUUGUUUGAAGAUCGAAGACCUCAACUAGGUCUUGGACGACCGAUUAUCUCGGGCUCUCAAACUUUCCUAUCGUUAUGUGAGGAGCAAGUUCGCGCACCCGUUCCAUCGAACUACAACGUCCAGCGUUUGCAUGUGCAGCUGUUACCAGUUAUAUUCCACGAUGGACGUUUAGUGAAGCUGCCGACACCAGCCACCGCACUCCUCAUCCUUCUCUGGAUCCCUUUCGGAAUAGUCCUAGCCGUGGUUCGUCUCUUCAUCGGGUCCAUGCUCCCGUUAUGGGCCAUACCUUAUGUCUCACGCAUAUUCAACAUUCGGUUCAUCGUAAAAGGAAAGCCUCCAGCACCAGCAUCCGCUGGAAACCAAGGCGUACUAUUCGUAUGUACUCAUAGAACCGUAAUGGAUCCAGUCAUAUUAUCCUAUGUGCUCGGCCGUAGCAUCCCAGCCGUUACCUACUCCGUUUCUCGGUUAUCCGAGAUUCUAUCUCCGAUUCCAACGUUUCGUCUAACUCGAGUUCGAGACGUAGACGCCGAGAUUAUCAAGAAAGAGUUAUCUAACGGAGACUUAGUGGUAUAUCCCGAAGGAACCACUUGUCGCGAGCCGUUUCUGCUGAGAUUUAGCGCGCUCUUCGCGGAGUUAACUGAUAAGAUCGUUCCCGUGGCGAUGAACUAUAGAGUUGGUUUCUUUCAUGCGACUACCGCCAGAGGCUGGAAGGCUUUUGACCCCAUCUUCUUUUUCAUGAACCCUAGACCGGUUUACGAGGUGACGUUCUUGAACCAACUCGAAGUGGAGGCAACGUGUUCAUCAGGGAAGAGUCCGUAUGACGUGGCUAAUUAUGUGCAGAGAAUCUUGGCGGCUACGUUAGGGUUUGAGUGUACUAACUUCACGAGGAAGGAUAAAUAUAGAGUUCUCGCAGGAAACGAUGGAACGGUGUCGUACUCGUCGUUUCUCGACCAAUUUAAGAAGGUCGUCGCCACUAUCAAACCUUUUUUCAAAUAGUUUUCAAGUUUUUAUACGCAUUUUUCUAAUAAUGUGAUCAUCGCCUGAUUGCAAAAUGUUUUUUAUCCUUUUUAGAUCUAAGGUAUAUUUUACGGGUUUGUAUUUUUCUUAAUUUAUAUAUCUUUUGUCGAAUGUAUAUGUCACUAUAUAUCAACUUUUUGUUAAAAUUUUAAAUUACAUAUAAAUGGCAAUUGUUUUUACAUGUUACGUCUAUUCAAGAUAACUCCAAUAUAGUAAUGAACAAAUACGAAUAGCUGGACCAUUAUAUCAACCUAUAUAUCAGAAUCAUCUAAUUCUAGGUUGUCAAUCAUUGUAUCAACCUUAUACAAUAUCAACUAUUCGAUUACAGAUCACAAUCAUUUAGUUUUUUAGGUUGUCAGUGUAGAUAUGUUAUAAUUUUGCGUUAUAACUAAAAAAGCAAUGAUAAAAAAAUAUGUGAUGGUGGAUUCAAGCCUACUAAAGAUUUGAUACGAGAAGCUAGCUCAGCUCAGAUGUUACUAAUAACUCAUAAAAAGUUCACAAAUGAACAUGAAAGAAAGAGGAAAAUUUUCAAAGAAACGUUCAAGAGUUAAUAUACAAGACGCCAAUUCGGUCAAAAAGCGUUAAGCCGUAAUAGUCAUACAACCAUCUACACUCGAGAUAUUUUUUAUAAAAAAAAAAAUUAGUGACUACAAUAACAUCAUAAGUACCUAUCUUUAUGCUUAAAACAAAAUAUCCUUGUAACGUUUCCGUGUAACGAAAAUGUUUUGAAAAAAAUUGACCAAGAAUUUAUUUGUUUAACCACUCGUAAUUGAAUUCUCUUAGGCUGACAUCACAUCAUUCAAAAAUGUAUUAUAAUCGUUAGUAAUCAUAUUUAAGGUGAGAAGAAUCAUGUUUGACAAUGCCCAGACGAUUGUAGUUUGGUGGGGGUAGAUU